ACUUUACUUCAGACUAACAACAGGCUAAUAUGGCGGGUCUAGUAGCAAAGAAGUGCAUCACCCCUCUUGUUGUGAUCCGGAGGCUCACUUACCCAGAAUACGCAGCCCAGGCCGCCUACCACAAGAAGGUAGUGGACCACUAUGAAAACCCCAGGAAUGUUGGGUCCCUGGACAAGACCUCCAAGAAUGUGGGGACAGGAUUGGUCGGUGCCCCAGCUUGUGGAGAUGUGAUGAAGCUACAGAUUGAGGUGGACGAUCAGGGGAAGAUUGUGGAUGCCAGGUUUAAGACAUUCGGCUGUGGCUCUGCCAUUGCCUCCAGCUCCCUGGUAACGGAGUGGGUGAAGGGCAAAUCUAUCGCUGAAGCAAUGACAAUAAAGAACACAGACAUUGCCAAAGAGCUUUGUCUUCCCCCGGUCAAACUUCACUGCUCCAUGCUGGCUGAGGAUGCAAUCAAAGCUGCCCUCCAGGACUACCGUGUCAAGCAGCAAGACAUCGAGAUUGAGGCUGUUAAGGCCAGCAACUAAGGGCUUCACCCUUUAGUCCUGGACACCCCUGUACCUCAACCUGCAGUGAAGGGGACACUCAAAGUGUAGUCCUGGUUCCCUACCAUCCUUCUAUAAACAGGGCACCCUAAAUGAGUCCAGGUUAUAUCCACCUAUACGUACAGUAGAUAGCACAGUGUAUACAUACCAAGCCAUUGUGGCAUUAUAUGGUUGUCCAACCUUUACUCUGUAGCCUGUCACAUUAACGCACAAUGUUAGAGGACUGAUCGGGUGAUUGGUCAGCCUUCUUUCUUUCAGAGAGAUGUGAAUUGAGACGAGUUUUUGAGACAUGAGUGUUGGCUUUUGUUUGCGCUUUUUUAAAAUGGUUUUGCUGGUGUUCUCCACUGAAGACCGACUCAGUUGGCGGUGUUUGAAGUAUGGCACUUGUAAGGCUGUCUUGGUAUCGCGUUAUGUUCUGGAGUAAUGCGGUGUGGAAAAUGUAAUAUUUUAGCAAUCAUUGGAGGUUUGUGUUGUUUAUAGAGUGACUUUCAGACAUGCUUCCUGGUUGUAAUGCAGCAUAAUAAAAGUAUUGUUUCC